GAGAGAAAAAAAAAACGAUGAAGAAGAAGAGGAGGAGAAAGGAAAAGAUGAGCAAGAACAAAAAAGGAAAAAGAGAAUAAAGAUUGAAUAAUGGCAAUCACGACGGGGAAAUAAUGAAUGCAAGAAUAAAAAUACAGGGACAAGAAUGAAGGGAAUAGUUGCCAUAGACUUCCAGACGACCCGACUCUUAAGAAGCUUGGACGCAGCAACAAGCAGUCAGACAGUUGCCGGCGGAGAGACUCCUUGCAAGUGUGUGUUUCCAGAACUCAUUUUGUCGCCGAGAGCUUUGUGAUCCCCAGACCCAAGGACGAGGAUGUUCCUCCACGUGGGACCGCAGGCUCUGCUUGUGCGCGCGCUCCUGGUCGCUGCCUGGGGCUUCCUGCUCUCGGCUCCUCGCGUCGUCAGCGGGCGCAGUGUCGUCCACACUAACGCCAUGUAUGACAAGAGCAUCCACGGGAAGCCUGUCAUCGUAUACGUGGAUGUAAAUUUUUUUGUGCACAAUAUCACCAAUAGCACUCUCUCUCUGGGCAAGGGCCUCAGUAGGGAGGCCGGGACCCUGGGCCUGUUCCCUGUGCCAAUGUGCCUGGAGGAUUACAACCCGUGUCCCUUCGGUAGGAACGGCAAGAGACGGAAGAUGGCGUCCCGGAAAACUAAGCAGACCUUCGUUAUACACUUAAAUAAUACGGAAAAAAAUGCAAUUGAAGCAAAGAAAUAUACUGUUGAGGUGGACUCUGAAUGCUAUUGCGAGGAAGAACAGGACAGCAAUGGUGUUCGUGAGGGAGUAAAGUAUUAAAGAUUUUAAAGUUUCGUUCGAGAAGAAUUCCAAGGACCUUACGUGUAUAUACAUACAUAUAUAUAUAUAUAUAUAUAUAUA